AUGCGUACCCCGCAACGAAUUCAAAUGAUGGAAAGUCCAAGCAAGGCAACGUCAAUCCUCAUUGGAGAAGCUGAUGGUCAUGCAAGCAUAAUGGUGAACAUAAACUACAUUCGGCAGCGGCCGCCCCACGCAAUUCAUACUCCUCAUCAAGCGAUCACGACCUCCGCCUCUGACACCGCCAUCGUCACCAUCACCACCGCAACAGCAACAGCAGCCGCCGCCGAGGUCGCCGCCCCCGCCCAGACGGUUUCUCCCCCCUCAGAGCUGGCGCAACGACCUCUAGCAACAAAAGCCACGGUACCGCCUAGCAAGCCGCCGCCGCCACCAUCAGCGCUGGCUUCUACGAUGCAGCAGACGGCAAACCUGCGAUCGCCGCCUCCACCACAAGCGGUGCAGUUUCCACCUACACCCCGUCGGCCGCUACUCUUCCAAACGCAAGCGUCGCUGCCGUUGCCGGCGCUGGCACCUGAUAGGCGGUCACCGCCGGCUUUGCCACCUCCUCCUCCUGCCCGGAGACUCCCAGCACCAUUGCAACCACCAGAGCCGUUGCCGCCGCCACCAGUCCGGAGAUCACCUCCGCUGUCGCCGCCACCAUCGCCCUCACCAACUCCGCCGCCACCGCCACCCGAGAUGUUUCCAUGUCCGACACGCUUCCAGCUGGAUGGAUGGAUGGAUGGCGGCAAAUGCAACGACACCGAAGCGGUGCUCGAGAAAACCAACCUGUACCGCGUGCGGCAUCAAUCUCGGCCCAUGGUCUGGAGCGAGACCCUAGCCGCCUCGGCCCAGGCCUACGCGGAGUACCUGGCGCAGCGGGAAUGCGUCCUGCAACACAGUAUGAGCAAUUAUUUCGGAGAAAACCUCAUGAUGGUGUGGCGCAGUAGCUUUCAAAUGGGCUGUGGAGUGGCAAUCGGAGACAUUGAAAUCGACAUGAACAGUCGCUUGUACCAGGGGAGCUGCAAGAUGGUCGUGUGCCGGUUUCAGCCCGUCGGAAAUUUCGCGACCGACAACCAAUUCCUCUGGAACGUCCGGCCCAACGUAUCAGAAAUCAUAAUAUAA